AUGGGGAUCCCUGGUGACGGGUACACUUCAUUGCACGGCAACUCCAGCACUUUUACAGCUAGCAUAUCUCCGCCUGUGCAAGUGCAGACACCUCCAAGCACCGCUGGUCACACUUCAACAAGGGGAGAAACACUGUAUUACGGGAGCCCGGUGCAGGAAUACACCCCGAAGGAUCCCGAAUUUCCUUUGCAGUGUUACUGGAGUGGCGACUGCGAACACGGGUUGACAUUCCCCGACAUCAUAUCGCUGAUGAAUCAUUUGGAAACGGUUCAUAUUAAUCCGCAAUCUCGGGCAAAUGCGAAUCAGUCGUAA